AUGAAGGACAGGCAGAGUGCAUGGUCGAGGACUGCCAGCACCCUGAACAGGUGGCUGUGGGGAGCCCUGUGCUGCGGAGUACCAGGCGUACCCUGCUACUUCUGCAACUGCUGCGAAAGACUUGACGAUGGCUCAGAGAGAGAACGGCCCAGAGUUAAUCAGGCGACGGCAACUGCGGAGCGCGUGGCAAGGCCACAUCGGCCGCACGCGCCAUGCGGCCGCAAGCACACACCGGAGACACUAUCAGCCGUGCGGUACGCUCUCAACCAGCUCCAAGCCGAGCCCACGUCCAAGUCCGAGCUAAAAGCCUUGCCGGAAUACUCACGACAUUCGCCCGAACCCUGCUGAGGGCACCCUGUGUUCAGUCAUACGCAGGUAGUGACUUGUGGCGAAAGUCUUAACCCUUAAUGGGGUACGUCGUAUUAGCGUUACCUACGUAAUUAUAAGAAUUUUGAUUUAUGCUUAGCUGUUUUGGGAUCUGACAAAGUGACAACCCUUUUUUGAGCUCAUUAGACCUCAAAAAGAUGUUCUGUUUUUUCCGCUCUGCGCAAUUAUGUAGUCAGACAUACCUCUAAGAUUUUCUUACCGACUAUGAUUGAGCCUUUCUAUAACUAUAGGUAGUUUGAAAGCAUAAUUUUAUCCGCCUUCCCAAAAAGAGGAGGUUUUCAAUUCGGAUAUUUUUUUUUUUUUCAACACAGAUUUGGUAACCAGAAAAGUCCCAAACAAAAUAGUUGUCAAUAUUCUCUAUCUAUGUAACUUUACAAGAUCAUUGUAUAGAAUUGACUGAUUCCCACAAGGUUGCUUACUAACUGUAUUUACAUAAGUUAAUUGAGUUAAUUUUAUUGUAAAUAAACGUAUGUUUAAAAGAACUUAACAAUAAUUUGAAGAAAUGUAUCGUGAGGUGAUAUUUUAGUUAUUUGGCAGCACGGGUACUCGAUACUUUUGUCUGUUAUUAACAAUUUAAAUAGUUAAGGACUGAUAUAUUAUAAUUUGUUGGAAACCAGAAAGAAAUGGAACAAGCUCAAGUGUGUCGUUUAUUGUUUAUUUUAUACGUUAAUCAUUGUACAGUGUUUUAUAUAUUUUGUAUUCUUGUACUUUAUUAGAAAUAAAGUUUAUUGU